CACAGCGCCGCCUACGGCCGGUACCUCGGAGUCAGGAUGGACUACGACGACGCGCCGCAGGAAGGCCACCCCGUCGGCGUCGUCCGCGUGGUCCAGUGCGUGUACAACACGCCGCUGCAGCCCGGCAUCAUGUGGGAGGUGCUCGGCGCGGCGGACGGGGGUGGGGGCGUGUUGCUGCGCCAACCAGUCAAUCAAGAACCAAACGAGCAACUCGCGUUGCAUUACACUGUUGAGGUGAUCCCCCCCAGACCUGCGCCGCCACAGCUUCCGGAUCAAACUCCGAACGGUGUCGCGCCAGUGCUGCUGAGACGGAUGAUACGCUACAUCCGGGCAGACAACUCCGGCAUCUUUAUCUUGGCCAGACGGGGAACGCUCCAGUUCGAUGGAAGGUCCUUGCAUUUCCUGAUAGGCGAACUGGCGAACGAACUCGAUGAUAACUUCAACAAUAUCACGCUGUGCGCGAGGGCCGGCUUCCUUGGGCGAGUCACACCUCUAGUUGUCGAUCUUCCUCUCAGCGAGGAAACCAUGGACAUUGUUGUCUUGACCACCGGGUCAGCAGCGGCAAUGGAAUUGCAGCACCCAGAUAUUGAUGCAGCGUAGCAGAAUGUGGGAGCAAGCAGACUGCUGACAAUAGCAUUGGGAUGAGAAUAGGCCGCACUUCUCAGGAACAAACUUGUUUUUUUGGUUUGAUGUGUUGUGCUGACUUCAGGAGGUUUGAAUUGUGUAUCAAGAUUCAGAACUUACAAUGUGUGAGUGUUAUGUGGAAAUAAUGCUUGAACAGUGCAUAAACUCAAAUCGA